AUGGUCUUCUUACCUGAAGCAUCUGAUUUUAUAGCUAAUUCAAGUUCAUAUAAAUCUUUAACAAAAUCAUUAAAAGAAAGUGAAUUUGUAAAUGGGAUUUGUUCUACAGCUAAAUCAAAUCAUUGUUGGGUCUCAAUAGGAGUUCAUGAAAAAAGUGAUGAUCCAGAAAGAUGUUAUAAUACAUCCAUUAUAAUUUCAAACCAAGGUGAAAUUCAACAAGCUUAUCGAAAAUUACACCUUUUUGAUAUCGAUUUAGAUGAUCAAACUAAUUCAAAUGAAUCUAAAUUCAUCAAACCUGGUCAUGAACUUUUAAAUCCAAUAUCAACUCCAAUUGGAAAAAUUGGUCAAUUAAUUUGUUAUGAUCUAAGGUUUCCAGAAGUCUCUCUAAUGCACAGAGAAAGAGGUGCAGAAAUUUUAAUUUAUCCAUCUGCAUUCACACCUAAAACAGGUUUAGCUCAUUGGGAAACCCUUCUAAGAGCUAGAGCCAUCGAAACUCAAUGUUUUGUAAUAGCUUCAGCACAAUCAGGAACUCAUCUAACCGAACCUAAACUCAGAAAAUCAUGGGGUCAUUCAAUGAUCAUCAACCCAUGGGGUUCAAUCUUAACUGAAAUUCCUUCAAAAGACAAUGAUGAUGAUGAUGAAGUGAGAUUUGAAUUAAUUGAUAUUGAUUUAAACUCUUUAAAUCAACUUAGGAAAUCAAUGCCAAUCUUUCAAAACCGUCGAAAUGAUAUAUAUCCGAAAUUAAGUUAA